GUAACAUUCUUCUUGACAAUGAUAUGAUUGCUCAUGUUGGUGAUUUUGGGUUAGCAAGGUUCAUUCAAGAAGCCACAACUCAACAAACAAGUUCAUUUGUAUUGAAAGGAACUAUUGGGUAUGCUGCACCAGAAUAUGGAAUGGGAAGUAAGGUUUCAACACAUGGUGAUGUGUACAGCUAUGGAAUACUCUUGCUAGAGAUUUUUACAGGAAAGAGACCAACUGAUGAAAUGUUUAAAGAUGGGUUGAGUCUUCAUGAUUAUGUUAAGAGGGCAUUACUAAGAAGACAAAUCUCAGAUGUUUUAGAUCCAAUAUUUGUGGUUGGAGGAGAAAGAGAAGAAGAGGCACCAAUUAACAUAGAUAUUUCUAAUAAUAAUGAAGUGGGUUACAGCAAGAAAGAACAAAGAGAGGAGUGUUUAACUGCAAUCCUAAGAGUUGGAGUUGCAUGUUCUGUGGAAACACCAAGAGAAAGAAUGAACUUUACUGAUGUCAUCAAGGAAUUGAAGUUGGUCAGAAAAAUUAUUGGAAGGUUCUCAAGAAACUAAUCUGUUUUUACUAGAUAGAGCUCCUAGCACCAAGAUAUAUAUAUAAAUA